AUGAUGCUCUUCCUCUUGUUAGUGCUUCUCUUGUAUUCACUCAACACUACUGGAGUUGAUAGCAGAGCGUCGGGAUGUGGCAAACAGCAGAUCAUUAGGACAUCCAAAGUGGUUGGAGGCAAUGAUAGCUAUGAUGGAGAGUUUCCAUGGGCUGAAUGGCAAUCAUCACGAGAUAGCAGAGCGUCGGGAUGUGGCAAACAGCAGAUCAUUAGGACAUCCAAAGUGGUUGGAGGCAAUGAUAGCUAUGAUGGAGAGUUUCCAUGGGCUGUAUCCAUACGCAGGAAUGGCAAUCAUCACUGCGGUGGUGUAAUAAUAGGCCAGCGCUGGAUCUUAACGGCCGCUCAUUGUGUUCAGAGUCAGUUGAACUCCAACUUUGUGGUCAGAAUCGGUGAAUACGAUUUGUUUCGCAACGAUCACAACACACGUGACUAUUCUGUCGAGAGGAUUGUCAUUCACGACAACUAUAGCCGACAUUCAGGUUUCAAAAGUCCGGCCAAUAUUAACAACGCCGACAUCGCUCUGCUUAAGACGGACGCCGAUAUCCAUUGGAGUGAAUACGCGUGGCCCGUAUGCUUCCCACCCAAUGACGUGAUAUCACUGGCGGGACGGGAGGGAGUGGUGGUCGGGUGGGGCAAGAAGACCGAGAAGAGUGAGGUGUACAGUGAAAAGUUGCAAAAAGUCAAAUUGUCAAUCAUUGACAACAAACUCUGUCAGCAGUGGUUCCGAAUGGCCGGAAGAGAUAUGCAAAUACACGACAGACUCAUAUGCGCCGGUCAGAGGAUCGGUGGUAGGGAUGCCUGUCAUGGGGACUCUGGAGGGCCACUACUUCUCAAAUAUUCUUCUGGUGGACCGGAGUAUUAUUUUGUUGCUGGAAUUGUAUCGACAGGAAUAGGUUGUGCCCGACCAUUAAUGCCCGGCUUAUACUCUAAUGUCUCCUCAUAUAUGAAUUGGAUUUAUAAAUAUCUGAAUCAGUAGUGAAUGAGUGCCCAAAUGCCAAAGAUUGACGACAAC